UAAUGUAUUUUCUUAAAAACUUUUGUAAAUGUAAUGAUGUACAAAUUUUAUACAUCGAUGGGUGGAAUUUACACCCAUUAUUAUUGUUAAUGAUAUUCAUUGUUUCAUGCUAAAGCAUCUUCCUUUGCGUGUUUACUGUUUGAACAAGAAGAAGGAUAUGGCUGAUAACGUUCUUGGUGUGUGUGGUAGAACUCUCCUUGUCUUUAUAAACCUGCUCUACCUGGUUGUGUCUAUUGUUCCGAUUGGUGUGGGCAUAUUUCUUCUUGUUGAGGAGCAGACAGUUAACAAUAUUGCUGGAAAGAAUCUUGUUGCUAUUUCUGUCAUAAUACUGAUAAUUGGUGUCAUUCUUUUCAUAACAGCUGUCAUUGCUAUUCUUGGAUCUGUAGCUAACUCAGCUUGUCUCCUAUCAUUGUAUUGCUUUCUUGUAUUUCUGUUGAUUGGAGCGGAGAUUGUCACUGCUAUAAUGUCUUUUGUAUUCUUGGGAAAAAUACAAGAUCAAGUUGAUACACAGAUACUGGUAUACAUCCAGAACUAUACAACAACUACUACAUCAGAUCAUUAUAAUAAAGGAGCUAACAAAGUGAUUGAUUUCAUACAAAAAUCAUUCAAGUGUUGUGGUCUCACUGGUCCUACAGACUGGCUGGUGUUCAAUCCAUUGUAUGUAGCAGCUCAUGGUGUACCAAAGAGCUGUCAAUGCGAUGAAGACAGUGACAAGUGUAUCUCUGUCCCUUUGAUUGACUUUAGUGUCUGGAAACAAGGCUGCAACGAAACCUUUUACGAUUUUGUUCAUAAUAAUGUACUGGCACUUGGAGGAUCAGCUCUUUGUUUUUCUGCACUCCAGUUUUUUGUCCUAUUGUUAAGUUGUGCCACGUGUUGUUGUGCGUUAUCUGAUGGAAGGAGGAGAGAGUAUAGAUAUACCAGACUUGAGACUACCCCAACUGGCCCUGUCCUAAGAGAAUAUGUUGAAGAAAAGGAAUCUGUAGUUGUUUGAGGAGACUUUUUAAUUAACUUGUAUUUAAUAAACUGUACUAGUUAUUAGUAGUUAUAAACUUUUAGCCACACCUUUC